AAAGUGCAAAAGUAGCCAUUCGGAUACAAUAUCUGUGAUUUGAAGAAAAUUCUCCCGCGCAAAACAAAGGAAGUCGCGAGGAUUUUAUCACACCAAACUGAACCAGCCUGACCUUCAGACAUAAAUAAUUCUCUAUUGCACGUCGAAAAAACCCUUUUUAUUCACCCAAAAUAAUUCACAAUUUCGCAAUUAGGUAGUGCUGAAUGAUGCCUACGAGUGUCUUUCGCGAUAUUUGUAACCAAAGUCAAAUUGGUGAGAGAAUCCGAAGGCGCUUGGCAACAUCAACAAAAGAUAGUAAAGCCUUCGUGCAGAAUUUGAGCCUCUACCGAUCCCUCAAAGUUCAUCGUGGGUGCGUCAAUACGGUAACAUGGAAUGACAAGGGGAACUACGUCCUCUCCGGAUCGGAUGAUCAGAGUCUCGUGGUGACGAACCCGUUCACGGGGAAUGUUCUCGUGAAAUGCCGUACGGGGCAUCGUGCAAAUAUCUUCAGUGCUAAAUUCAUGCCACACACGGGUGAUCAGGAGGUUGUCUCGUGCUCCGGGGAUGGUUAUGUCAUCUACACGGAACUCCAAUCGUCCGAUGUCUGCAAUACGGCCAAUAUAAAUGAGUUCAAUUGCCACAGCAACAGCACAACGUACGAAGUGAUAACAAUCCCGCAGGAACCGCGAUGCUUCAUGAGUUGCGGGGAAGAUGGAACGGUGCGCUUGUUUGAUCUGCGUAAGUUGUCCAACUGCCACAAGAUGUGCUGCAAGGAGAACAUUGUCAUUAUGAGUCCAUCCUCCAUUACGGCAAUGUGUAUGUCACCAACAUCGCAGAACUACGUGGCUGUGGGGAGCUCAGACAGUCACAUCAGGAUCUACGAUCGACGCUUCCUGUCGUACAUUGACUUCACAGCGGGCGGGGAACAAAACACCGUCCCCGUGAAGGCUUUUACGAUCCCUUCGCUGGAAAAGCGCCCAUUUAGGGUGACUUCGGUCUCCUACAGUGCUGAUGGGAUGCAGUUGCUUGUCAGCUACUCAUCGGAUCAUCUCUAUUUGUUCGAUAUCUCACGCAAUGGUGUGGAUGUGAUGCCGCUAAAUGAUAAAGUUAAGCGAAAGAUGCACCGGCAGGAGAAUUCUGACCCACCGCCGGUGCGAAGGCUACGCUUGCGGGGUGAUUGGAGUGAUACGGGACCCGAUGCGAGGCCAGAGCGUGAGGUGAUGGACAAUAUGGGGGCAUCUACGGGGCAGGUUCGGCCAAUUUUGCAUGCAACGAUGAUGAAUCGCAUGACGGAGGUGAUUUCGAGAAUGCUAGCAGAUCCCCGGACGAGGGCCAAUCUCAAUUUACUGAGUCAUCUGGGGCAGCAGGCGAAUCCAACAAUUGCCGAGGAGCAGAGGCAGCAGCAAAAUGAGCCUGGUCCCAGUUCAGGGGCAGCUCCACAUCCCAAUGGUAGCAAAAAUGCCCGAGAUCACGAUGCAAAUAGCCCAAACUACACGUCAGACGAUGACGAUGAUGCCGAGGAGAAACCUAGUCAGCUGCCGGAGGCUACCUACCAGGAAGAUAUUGAGGGGCAGGAGAGUCACACCUAUGACUACCUCCUGAUGAAAUUUACCGGACACAGGAAUGCCAGGACAAUGAUAAAGGAGGCCUCCUUCUGGGGGGAUGAAUACAUAAUGUCCGGCUCAGAUUGUGGGCAUGUCUUCACGUGGGAACGUGCCACGGGGAAGCUUGUAAUGCUAAUGGAAGCUGAUCAUCAUGUGGUGAACUGCAUUCAACCGCACCCCACUCUACCCUAUUUAGCCACGUCCGGCAUUGACUAUGACGUGAAAAUUUGGGCACCGUUUCAAUGUAACGACGAUGAGGACACACCACGCUUUGAUGAGGAGAAAGCACAGAGACUCAUGGAAAGAAAUGCUGUGAUGCUUGAAGAGACUAAAGACACAAUUACUGUACCCGCAGCAGUCAUGAUUCGGAUGCUAGCCUGCAUCCACUCAUUUAGGAAUAGAAAUAGAGGCAAUAUUGCUAGAAUUGACGAUGAGGAUGAUUAGCAAAGUGAACAAAAUGUACAAUGAAAUGCUGAUUAAUAAAAUUUGCGAGACUUGA